GGAAUUGUCCACCAGACUUUCGUCUUUGGACAUUAUACAGCAUUGCUCUUCAAAGUGCUAGGCGCUGAAUUGUGUGCCUUUGUUGGCUUUGCUGUUUAUUGGAUGAUCCUCUAUCCCCGUUAUUUCACACCUUUCCGGGAUAUCCCAACCCCUUCGCAUCGAACAAUUUUGACAGGAAAUUACCCCGUUCUAUUCCCCGAUAAUGCAUGGGUGCCGCUGCGGAAGAUUGUCGAGAGCACCCCCAACGAAGGUCUUCUCCGAAUAUACUCAGCUUUGAGUGGGGAGGUCAUUCUAGCGACAAGUCCACCGGCAAUCAGAGACAUGCUCACAGUCAAUGCCUUCGACUACGCUCACCAAGAUCUGGUCAAGAUUGCCAUCAAAAGAUUCACGGGUAGCAACCUUGGCUUCCUUAGUAAUGAUGACUUCAAACUACACCGCAAGAAUAUGAUGCCGGCUUUCACCGUGCCCCAUGUUCGUAAUCUUACUGAUAUCUUCUGGCGAAAAGCCCAAGAAAUGGUCCAAUGCAUGGGGGAUGAGUUGCGCGCGAACCCUGACGCCCCGAUCAACUUCCGCGAAUACGUUUCCCGCGCUACACUAGAUAACAUUGGGCUCGCCGGCAUGGGACACGACUUCCAGACGCUGCAGCAGCCCGAUAAUGACCUCCGAAGCCAUUACAGAAAAUUGAUUCUGGACCCUACCCGGGUGUUUAGUUGGGUCGGGUUGUUCAGCCGAUACUUCGAUAUGCGCCUUUUGAUGAAGGUGCCUCUGAAGAAGCUCAUUGAGAUCUCCAACUCGGCAGACUACCUCCGUGGAAUCACGGGCGGGGUCAUCCGACAGAGAAAGGAAAAGCUUGUUGCAGACGAAGACCUGAGCAAAAAGGAUAUCGUUACUGUCGCCCUGGCAAGCGGUGUAUUUGAGGAACACCAUCUGAUUGACCAUGUCAUGACCUUCCUCACAGCCGGCCACGAGUCCACCGCCACGGCCUUCGAAUGGACCAUGUAUGAGCUUGGAAGACGGCCAGAGAUGCAGCAACGUUUGAGAGGGGAGGUGCACAACGCCCUAGGAACCGACUUGCAGACGACCGAGUAUGGCCCCCGCGGUCAGAAUCUUCCCUACUUGAAUGCCUUCUGCAACGAAGUCCUGCGGUGCUAUCCAUUCUCUCCCAUUAUUAUCAAGGUCGCCAAACAGGAUACUACGAUGAUCGGCCACCGAAUUCCGAAAGGUACCGUUGUGAUAUACUCAGCCGAGGUGACGAACCACGACAAGACGCUCUGGGGACCGGAUGCCGAUGUGUUCAACCCUGACCGAUGGAUUGGCGAUGGAAAAGCCAACUCGGGAGGUGCAUCUAGUAAUUAUGCUAUGUUGACAUUUGGGGCUGGGCCACGAAACUGCAUUGGAGCCAAUUUCGCGAGGGCUACUCUGGAAUGUCUCGUCACUGCUGUGAUGUCUACGUUCGAGAUCGGACUUGCCAACCCCGACACGGCUGACAGGCUAAAGUUCGGUCAAACGAACAAGUCUGCAGAGGGAGUUUUCGGUCGACUCAAGUUUGUCCGGCCCGCGAAAGCUUGA